AUGGCCAUCCAAGAAGCAAGCGGCACCGUCCUCAGUCCUAAGAGGAUGUGUCACAUUGUCCUCCGCGUCCAGCCCGAAAAAUACAAGCCUAUGGUCGACUGGUACGUAUCUUUUCUCGGCGGGCGUGUAGUCUGGGGCAACGAAGUGCUCAGCUUUAUCACCUAUGAUGAGGAGCACCACCGCAUCGCCAUCACAGGCCGUCCGGGUACCAUCCCGCGCAGCGGCGAUGCCACAAACUCGUGCGGGCUUGCGCAUGUCUCAUUUGCCUACGAUACGCUCGACGAGCUCCUGACAGCGUAUGUGCAGCGCCGCAAGCUGGGGAUUAAGCCCUCGUGGUGCGUCAACCAUGGGCCCACGACUAGCAUUUACUACGCCGAUCCGGACGGCAACGAGGUCGAGACACAGGUGGACAAUUUUGACACAGCGGAGGAGGCGACGGAAUUCAUGAAUAGUGAGGCGUUUAUUGAGAAUCCGAUGGGGGUCGAUUUCGUACCUGAGAAGCUUAUUCAGCGCUUGGAGAGUGGCGAAAGCGUUCUCGAGCUCAAGAAGAGGGCCAACAUCGGGCCUAGGACGUCAAGGGCAACUGGCUAUAUCGCUGUCACGUAAAUCUUGGAGUCGAG